AACAGGAGCUGCUUUGAAUCCGGUAACGUGAAGGCUACCUGCCAGGUGACGGAGUUUUCUUGAGCGUGUACGUGGGUGGGUGACUCUGGGGCGAUAAGAAGGUAUAGAAAAGUGAUCCGAAAGGCAAUAUUUGCCCACUUGCUCCAUUCUGAUGCCUCUGCCAGUGGCACUGCAGUCUCGUCUGGCCAGGCGAGGCCUGCUGAAGCAUGUAGAACCUGAGCCAGAAGAAGAAAUAAUUGCAGAAGAUUAUGAUGAUGAUCAUGUUGAUUAUGAAGCCACAAGGAUGGAGAACCUGCCACCAAACUGGUACAAAGUCAUCGACCCUGUUUGCUGCCUCCCUUAUUAUUGGAACAUAGAAACUGAUCUGGUUUCGUGGCUCUCACCUAACGAUCCCAGCUCUGUGGUGACCAAAGCAGCCAAGAAACUGAAGAACAACUUAGAUGCUGAGAGCAAAACAGAACGUUUCCAUGAGAAGAUAGAGCGUGAAGAGGUGAAGGAACGUCGAUAUCACCGGCGGGAAGAGCUGGCUCCCUACCCCAAGAGCAAAAAGGCAAGCCGAAAGGAUGAAGAGCUUGAUCCCAUGGACCCCAGCGCUUAUUCAGAUGCUCCUCGGGGAACCUGGUCCACAGGGCUGCCCAAGAGAAAUGAAGCCAAGACAGGUGCAGAUACCACAGCCGCCGGUCCACUGUUCCAGCAGCGCCCCUAUCCAAGUCCUGGGGCUGUCUUGCGUGCGAAUGCAGAAGCUUCUCGAGCCAAGCAGCAGGACUGAGAUCCCACUCCUCCUUUCCUGAAUGUAUUUGGUAAUAAAGUUAGAUAUAACAUAUUCUGAAAGAUCUGCUGCAACAACAGGACUCCCUCUGGACUGCAGACUGGGCCAGUGGUAGUUUUUCCAAAUCUUUGCUACAACUAAAACUCUUUGCACACCCAACAGUAAGGGAUGCUGAUCCUUGUAGUUCAAUAGCUUCUGGAAGGCUACAGGCUCCCAAGAUCUUUUGGGCUGUCGGGAGGCAGAGUUUCACUGCAGAAGAGGUUCUACAGUGUUCCAGUGCUGCAUGCUGACUUCUGCAGGGAACAGUCUCCUCAGCAGUCUCCAUCUCCUUCCCCCAUCCCACUCUGAAUUUCAAAAAAAAAAGUUGAGAUAGAGACUGCUUUGUUUUUCCCCAUAUAACAUUUUUUCUCAGCUUAUAAUAUUUGCAUAGCAUAAAGAAAACUCCUUCUGCAGACUUAGUUUGUAGAAUCUGGCCAGUAAUAACCAAGCAAGGCAAGGAGAAGGAAGCCAGCACGCUUCCCUUUCCCGACCCCAAAUCCACCUUUGCUCAGAGUAGACAGGACAUGCAGCUGUUCGGCUCUGCUGAAGUGAUCACACCACACCCGUCCUGCUUGCUUUAAAAAUCUGUAUGUUUUUACAAGAAUAAAUCAAACAUACAAAGCUG